AUGAAUUAUUUCCCUUGCCCCAUUCAUAAUGGACAUGUGCUUUCCAUCAUAUGCACUGAUAAAUCUUGUAAUGACACUAUAUUAAUUUGUCGUAAAUUCAACUUUUUUAAAUUAAAGCUCUUUGCGAACAUGCAGAUCAUUAGAAUCACCAAACCUUGCCUCUUAAAAUCAUGUUACAAUUAGUUGAAAAUUCUCAUAAUAGCACUAAUGAAUAGAAUUAUAAUAGCAUCUUUGAUGUCUCACUAUUUCUAGAUAGAUCACAUAAUGAGUGUUUACGAACUGUAUUAUAUAUUUAAUUCUAAUCAUCUAGGUACAAAGAUUCAAUGAGGCAUUAGAGAAUACUUCAAAAUAGUUAAUAAAGAAGGUUGAUACCUAUUAUUUGGAUUUAAAAAAUUAAUUAAAGGCUUUUGCAAAUUCAAAGAUCCCAAUCCAUUAUCUUCUAGACUCAGUCUAAAGUUACACUGAUUUUCAAUAAUACAAAAAGAAUAUUCAGUAAUAAAAGUUAUUAUGUAGAUAAAUACUGGGAUAAUUCGCAUUUAAUAAUGGAAUUGCAAGUAUAUAGAGUAUUGAUGCUGCAAUAAUGAAUGCAUGUAAAAUUCAAAUUGGAUAGCUGAGUGAUUAAUUGAUAGAUUUGUAAAAUGAAUUAGAUGGAAAAGUUGAGAUUAUGGGUAAUUUAUUUAGAGCUUAACCUAUUACUGCUGUUGAUUUAGUAUAAUCAAUUUCAUUUUAAUUUUCUCCUCAAUAUAAGGGUGCCAAUAUUACAAUUUCAGGAUAGAAUAUGAUUGCUGAAUAGAAGACUUCUGAAUCAAAUGGACAGAGAUUUACUAUUUGUGAACCAUGUAUUCCAAAGAAUGGAGUUUAUAAAUUUGGUUUCAAAGUAAUAAAAUAUGCUGGUUGGAUUGGAGUUGGUGUAUGUCAUAGAGAAGUAAUUGUGAAUGCUAAUUAUAAGUUUAAUUAUACUAAUAUUGGUCAUGGGUAAUUAUGAUAUAUAUAUAUAUUGUAGAUCUUAUCUUAUUUCAAAUAAUGCAUAUUCAUGGUCACAUUUAUAGAAAGAUUUGAAUUCAGCCCAUAAAUCAUUCGAUUUUGGAGUUGGAGACAUUAUUAUAAUAGAAGUAGAUAUUCCAAAAAAGAAAAUCACUUGGUAAAAGAAGAAAACAUAGAUUAAAUUUGUAAUUUAUAAUUUUAAUAAUAGACAAUGAAUUUGGAUACUAGUUAAGAUUUAUAUCCAUGUGCUAAUCUAUGUAGUCCUGGAGAUACUGUAGAAAUUAUAAAUAAAAUUGAAGUUUGA